CGCCGCUACGUCACCACCAUUCGCUCGCCUCGCCUUGCCUCCCUUCCAAACGGGUCCGCGUCAAGAUCCGCUAAGAGCUGCUCUCUUUCUUCUUCUCCACUUCCGGCGAGGAGAGCCGGCGACGCGGCGGCGGAAGGAGAUGUUCCUGGUGGACUGGUUCUACGGCGUGCUCGCCUCGCUGGGGCUGUGGCAGAAGGAGGCCAAGAUCCUGUUCCUCGGCCUCGACAACGCCGGCAAGACCACGCUCCUCCACAUGCUCAAGGACGAGAGAUUGGUGCAGCACCAACCUACACAAUAUCCGACUUCUGAAGAGCUGAGCAUUGGGAAGAUCAAGUUCAAGGCAUUUGAUUUAGGAGGCCAUCAGAUUGCUCGCCGUGUGUGGAAAGAUUAUUAUGCCAAGGUCGAUGCAGUGGUCUACCUCGUGGAUGCCUACGACAAGGAGAGGUUCUCCGAAUCGAAGAAGGAGCUCGACGCCCUCCUCUCUGAUGAUUCCUUGGCCACUGUCCCGUUCCUGAUCCUGGGGAAUAAGAUUGACAUCCCCUACUCCGCGUCGGAGGAGGAGCUCCGCUACCACAUGGGGCUGAGCAACUUCACGACCGGCAAGGGCAAGGUGAACCUCGGCGAGUCCAAUGUGCGCCCUCUGGAGGUGUUCAUGUGCAGCAUCGUCCGCAAGAUGGGGUAUGGCGAUGGGUUCAAGUGGCUGUCACAGUACAUCAAGUAGGGUGGUUUUGCUGGAAAAAAAGAAGUGUUGAAGCAGUCAUCAUACUCCUGUUUCACCUUACAACAAAAUUGAGUUAGGAACUAGCUAGCAAGCUGGUGUGGUCAUGGUGGUUCAUGGUUCCAGUACAUAUGUGAUGGAAACAGCGAAAGACUGGAAUUUGUCUUAGAUUUUUGUUCAGUUAAAGAGUGACUCUUAAAGAUACAGAAACAACUUUUUAAAAAGCAUUCACUGGUACACAUAUGCCUACUACAAAGUCUGUUUACAUGUGUACCUUGGCAGUUUAAUAUGUGCCAUGGUCAUCCCAAUUCUGCGUCCAAGUCUGCAACAAAUCUAUAUAUGAUGGUACCAGGACGUCUUGCCCUA